AUGGGAUUGCUAGAUUCUUCAAAUCCAUCAUUGGCACAGUUCUUUUCACCGGCAAAGGUGCAGCACAUCCGCGAGCAAAUGGCGGCUUCCGAAGCUGCCAAAAAGGAUGAGCAGGCUUGUAAGGAGGAUGCCAAGUUGCAACACGCUAUUCUUGAGGAGCAGGAGGCAGAUAUCAUGAAGCAGUGGAUGCAAUGGAAUGCUGCCUGUCAGGCAGCAAAGCAGCAAAAAGAGAUGGAUAAGGCUGCAAGAGCUGCUCAAUGGCAGAUUGAAAAGGAGUUUAGAGAUGCAAGAAAGACUCAAGAGCAAAAAGAAAGGGAAGAAUGA